CCUAAUUACCCAUUUUCACAAACUCUUUCAUUUUUUUCAUUAAGUAAAUUAUUGUUGUGUAGCUGCUAAACUAGUGUUCUAUCAGAGUAGUGUCCCUACAUCUGAGCCAGGAGAUCCAGAUUCAAGUCCCACUAGCCCUGAUGUGUGAUCUAACAUGAUUGAAGAAAAGGAAUUGCCAGAGGAAGUGGUAGAUACAGAAGGAUUUGCACCGUACUACACCAGAGAAUACAGAGAGGAUAGACACUGCUGAUAGAUCCUGACCAUCACCAAAGGAACAACUGUACAACUGUGGGAAGACAUCCAGUCCCUUCACAGCAUUGCACAACACAGAGAAAGUUGGGCAGUGAAACCAUCAUCUAGAAAUUUGUCGAAUCAGUGGAGCUUUGACAUAUAAUCAGAUCUGAGACUGGUCAGUGGUGUGGAGCUUUCCAUCAGAACCAGCCUUUCUGAAGGUUCGGCAGUGGGUGAUCAGUCAGAGUGAGGCUGGGAAGAAGUGUGAGUGGGCUCCAAGUGUGGUGAGAGCUUCAAUCAUUCAUUGAGCCUCAUGAACCACUGACUCAUUCCUACAAGGGGGAAACUGUUCAGGUGUGAGGUGUGUGAGGAGGACUCUGCAGAAUCAUCUAUUGUAUGAAUGUAUAUGUUAACACAAGAAUAGCUACAUGGAAGAGAAACCAUUCAAAUAUGAGGUCUGCAACCCAGCCUUUAUACAGACGUUAGCACCAGUGAAUCACUGGUGGAACCACAUUGGUGAAAAGCCAUUUAAAUGCGAACUUUGUAACAAGUGCUUUGCCCAGCCAUCGGGCCUGAGUUAUCACCGGCACAUUCACACAGGAGAGAAACCGUUCUCAUGUGAGGUGUGCAACAAGUCAUUUCCGUCAUCAUCGACUCUCCGCAGACAUCAGCGCAUUCACACAGGGGAGAAACCGUUCUCAUGUGGGAUGUGUAACAAAUCAUUCUCAAGAUCUUCACACCUGAGCACACACCAGCGCGUUCACACAGGAGAGAAACCAUUUGUAUGUGAGGUGUGUGACAAAUCAUUCUCUCAGUUAGGGAUCCUCCAGACACACCAACGCAUUCAUACAGGAAAGAAACCAUUCACCUGUAAGGUUUGUGAUAAAUCAUUCUCAGUGUCAUCACACCUCCAUGUACACCAACGCAUUCACACAGGGGAGAAACCAUUCACAUGUGAGGAGUGUGCCAAAUCAUUUUCACAAUUAUCGCACCUCAGCAUGCAUCAACGGACGCACACGGGGGAGAAACCAUUCAAGUGUGAGGUAUGUGACAAAUCGUUCUCGCUGUCAUCAUCUCUCCGCAUACACCAACGCAUUCACACCAAGGAGAAGCCAUUCAAAUGUGAGAUGUGCACAAAAUCAUUCUCAGAAGCGGGGAACCUCCGCAUGCACAAACGUAUCCACACAGGGGAGAAACCUUUCAAAUGUCAGGUGUGUGAUAAAGCAUUCUCACAGUCAUCAAGACUCCUGCGCCAUCAGAGGAUUCACACAGGGGAGAAACCAUUUGUAUGCGAGGAAUGUGAUAAAUCAUUCUCUGAUUUAGCAGGUCUUCGUGUACACCGACGUAUUCACACCAGUGAGAAACCAUUCAUGUGUGAGGUAUGUGAAAAAUCAUUCUCACAGUCAUCACACCUCCGUAAACAUGAACGCAUUCACACUGGGGAGAAACCUUCCAAGUGUGAGGUGUGUGACAAGUCAUUCUCGGACUUAGCGGCCCUCCAUGUACACCGACGCAUUCACACUGGGGAGAAACCAUUCACGUGUGAGGUGUGUGACAAAUCGUUUUCUCAGUCAUCGAGCCUCAACGUACACCAACGCAUUCACACAGGGGAAAAGCCAUUCAAGUGUGGCGUGUGCGACAAAUCAUUCCGAGUUUCAUCAAAACUGCUGCGCCAUCUGAGGAUCCACACAGGAGAUUAAUCGUUCACUCCUGAGGUUUGUGAUAAAGGAAUUGUGACAUCUUCAAGCCUCCCUGGUUACCACUGGACUCACCCAGAAUAGAAAUUGUUCUGUGUCUCCUGGCGCCUCAAUGCAUUCACACUGGUGAGAAACACUAUCCAUAUAACUCCUAUGUUAAUACCUUCACGCAUUUGUGAGAAGUCCCACAGAAUCAGCAAACCCAUACAGGAACUACCUAGUUCCAUCGGUCAAGAGUGUAACGGUGUACACAGUCUCAUGGUGCAGGGUGUUCAGUGGGACUGGGACACAGAACAAGAAGCAGCUUUCACUCCCAUCAAACACCUAGUGAUGACAUCACCAGUGCUGAGGGAUUAUGAUGUCAACAAUGGAGCCACCCUGCAGUGUGAUGUCAGUGACACAGGACUUGGAGCAAUCCCCAGGCAGUGAGGGCAACCCGUUGUGUUUGUAUCCAAAGAGUUAACACACACUGAAUAAUACUGUACACAGAUUGAGAAAGAGAGACUCAAUAUUAUCUUUACUUACAAGCUUUUCAACAUGUACCUGUUUGGGAGAGAAAGAGUGAUGGUCAAAUCUGACCUCAAACCAUUUCAAUGCAUGUUUCUUAAACUGCAUCUGUUUGCUCCAAAGCAUUUGGAAAUGAUGUUACUUUGUUUGCAGAGAUAUCAAUUGGGACUAUGUAUCUGAACAUUUUCGUAUGUGCAAUUCAAGGCAUAACCAAAACUUGACUGUAAAUAUGAGAUAUAUCUGAACAAUGUCUGUAAAAUAACUUGAAAAUGUUAUUGCAGAAUUUCUUUUCCUUUUAUUAUGAGAAGGGAGCUAUUUUGAUAAAUUCCUUUAUACACUGUACCUAACCAUAUUUAUGUGAUUUCUGAUGUUAUAUGUAAUAAAGAUUUAAGGGCAGUAACCAUUUUA